GCCAGAUUCAACUAAUAGUGGUAUUUUCGUUUUGCACCUCGUAUUGGUCUAAAAGUUUGCUAAAGGGUUGUUCGAUACUUGUGAGGCAAAUUAGAAUUGUCAUAUAACAUCACUAGUAAAUACUGCAACGAUGCUGAAAUUUUUAAAAUUACACUAAUAUUUAUCAAUACUUGGCAGAGACGUAGGGUUUAUUAUUUUAUUUGAACACAUAAAUAUUGGUACAAGAGGGCACCAAAUAUAUAUGCAUAUGAGACUACCUAAUGACAUAAUAAAGUUUAUUAGACCGGAUAAUAUGUAGUCAUAGCUUGUUAACAAAUUCCCAAGGUGUACUGAUCCUGCAGGUAGACUCUGGAGGAUUUGUCCCAAGCUCCUAAUUUUGGGGAAACCUUGGGGAAUUCUGGGUAAAUUUUGGAGUUUUCCCUAAAGUCGUAAAACUUUUGGUAGUUCUCCACGAAGUUGGGCGAAAUCUUGGGGAUUUUCCUGGGGAAAAUUUGGUGUUUUUGUACUUUUCCCCCAAAAUAUUUUAGUGCAGCUCCCUCAGAAUUUACGAAAAACGUUUUUCGUUAUCUGUACAGAUAAGUUUUUUUCGGAAAUAGCGAAAUCGGGAUGAAGGGACUAACAAGGUUGUGUAGUAGUUUCCGUUUCCAAAAUGGACUGUUUGUACCAUCAUAACUAUUGUCAGCCACACACGUACGUACGAAGUUCUACGUUGUUACUGACUGACUGACUGACUGACUGACUGACUGACUGACACACGUAUAAUAGUUAAUGUCUGGGUCAACUUUAGGUCAUUCAUUUAAAAAGUAUUUUGCAAACUCCAGAAUAGUCUUGAAACUACUAACUUUUGACACAUGUAAAUGACCUACUUGUUGUGUUAAUGUCACUGCAGUGACAUUGAAGUCAUGGCAUUAUUGUAUGUCAACUGUUUUGAAAUGUAUAGUGAUACAAAUGCCCUGGUACGGCCGAGGGUGGGGAAAGUCCACUCCCUCUCGAAAUGCUCUCAUAUGGCCACGCGUAUAUAGCCUCUGCCAGGGAAGUCCUACUCACUGCCUUCUCAUGGUGAGGGUGUUGUUUACAAAAUUGAGAGGAUGAAAAGCGAACGUUCGGCGCUUUAACCGGGUCGGUGGACACGGAGAGUCCACCUAGGGUUUGGAAAACCUUGAUUCUAAACCAAUGGUUCACAUGGGCUCCAAUAUCCUGAAGGAACAAAUGGCGUAUGAACCGAUUGUUGGUCAUAGGACUGCAUUUCCUUACGUCGCUUCACUGCCUUGUGGAUCAGACCUUUAGGUCAAAGGCUUCGGGUGUGGUCCCCUGAGAAAACCACUUGCCUCAGUCCGGGCACACGGGUAAUAUCACAGCCCUCACACAAAUCAAUGAUAACUGCUACUGGCCUCAUUUUUACUUUGUGGCGCAUAUGUAUUUGAUGCCCUCGUGUACCAAUCUUUAUGUGUUCAAAGUAAUGAAUAAUAAUAAUACAAAAUUCCGGAAUGGAUGUAAUAGCUCUAGAAUCAUUCAAACGGUCAAAUAUAAUGAAAUAUAUGUUGGUUCUUAUCGACCACCAAAUCUAAAAUAGAUACAGUCAUUACGGUUGAUUUGUCCACUACACUGGGCCUUGCUGUGGUCUGCUAGGAUUAAAGGUCUAAAAUCCACUACUCACUUCUGUACAGAGUGUAAGUGGAUUUGAGAUGCUUUGAGCAAUAUUUAUCGUAUUUAGUUAUCUAGGUACAAGAGCCUUAUGGAGCACUAACUUAUAUCAGUGGUCACAUUUUUAAAGCCUAUGUACUGACUAGCUGUAACUAGGUAGCUAUUCUUAAUGCCAUGUGGUUCUAGUUUUGGUAUCGUCUCAAAAAGUUGCGGUAUUUUCUGUUUUUAUGCAGCGUACUUUUCGAGUCAUAAUAUACCUUACAUGAAUUAGGUAAAGCCCAUCUCAUGUUUCGGGAGUAGUCCACUCUACUUCCAUCGAAUUAUCUCAAAAAAAUGGGCAAAAGGUAAGUAUAAGACAUAUUACCAACUGAUACUCGUUGAAUAAAUAGCCACAACAAUUUUGUUGCUCAGUGGCAAACACUAUGUUAAUGUUUGUCUGGUUAAUAUUAAUUUAAAGACAAUGUACUCUAAGCUAUAAUCUCAGUAGUAAUUUCAACAUAAAAAUAUUGGUACAUUCAUCUAAAGAUCUUCAAGUUGGAUAAAUUAUAUCUUGGAUUCCACUAGUGGCCUCUAUCGAUUUCAAACAAGAUAAGUCUACAGGUAGUAUUGAGACAUUACUAUUGAAAUCUUAUACAGUAACUAGAUGCUAGUUAAUUCUUGCGAAGAAUCAGUGGUAAUAAAUUACCCACUCAUUUUUUGACGUAAUUAUUGAGAUGAACAAGGAUUUAAAUGAUAAGCAUUUCAUCAGGACCUAUCAUAGGUUUCCUUUUAUUCCAUGGCUCGUUGAAAGAACAACGAAAUAAGGGGAUUUUGCUACCAAUCACUGUUGCAUGCGUUUUCUCAAAGUUUGUGUUUUAGUUCAUGUUGUUAAUUGUACUCAAAUCUUCAAGGCUUAAUGUCUGCGUACCAGCUGGUUUGGGCAGGAAUUCAGGCAGUUGGUUGUGUCCGCUUCUAAUGUUGUUCAGGCAAAUUUUUGGUGUAGAUAUUUGUUUAUAUGGUUGCUAAAUUAUCUGUUCGCUCGUCAACCAAAAUGAAUGCUGUAGGACAAUUCACUAUUUCGUAUUACCAAUCCUAAGACAAUACUGGAUUUUAAGUGGGAGUAACAUUUAAGCAUCACUUUCGUGUGAUAUAACCAAUGUAUGGGAGAUUUCAAAGUUAGGCGUAAGUUUUUCACACGGGAAGUAGUUUAUUCGUUGGUCAUAAACUUGCAUCAAAUGAAUUAGGUGGGACACAUUAUUUAUGCAACUAAAUGUUUUAUACUUUCUACGUUCCUGAUCAGACCUAAUGAUUAGUGUCUGGUAAAGUAUAAUUCUUAAGACAUAACUGCUGAAAAUCUUCAUCGUAUUAAAGUACGCGAUUCCUAAAACGAAUCCUAAGAAUGAUAUCUAUCCGAGGCUUUUAUAUCCCACAAACUUCACGAUUAUUAUCGUAAUGUAGCUAGAUUGAAUAGCUUCAACACAAUUGCAAAUAUAGUAUAAAAGAUUAAUAAUUUACAACCAAAAUCGACAUGGAACUUUUUUUAAAACCUCAUCGAUUCAAAAAAAUAUUCCUUACACGGCUUUAGUCUUUUGGCGAUUUUAUCAAGAGCCAGCUUUCAAAUGGGGUUGUUUGUAUCCUAGAUUAUCACGUAAAUUUGAUAUACCUGACUGUUCUAAUUAAACUUCCCAUAAAAACGGUAUUGUCGUCCCACUCUUACCAAAUUAUUGUUCUUAGUGAUUACCCGCAUUCCGAAGCUUUUUUCUCUUUUCAUUUCCAUGCGAGCCUUUGUCCUUUUAUUUUAAACGUGGAACCUUCAUUUCAACUAAUCAUCCCUGUUUAUCAAUUUUAGUCUCAUGUUGAAUAUGUGAUGCAAUGGAUUCAUUUUUACGUCAUGCAGCUGAAGCCCUUCAUUCAAGUUGUAAAAGUAAAUGGAUUCUUGUUGUUGGAAAUGAAGCAUGUGAUCUAGAUAGUACAGCAUGUGCACUUGCCUAUGGAUUUUAUAAACAAAUGAAGCUUGAAAAUGAGUUCAUUGUUAUACCUGUAUGUAAUAUCAAUAGAGAGGAUAUGGUUUUGCGCACUGAAGUUACCUUUUGGCUUACUCAAUGUGGUCUCAAAUGGGAAGAGUUGAUUUAUCUGGAUGAUGUUUUCAAUGAAACCUAUUCAAAAGUGAAUGAAAAUGAAUUAUUUUUAAUUCUAGUUGAUCAUCAUUUACCAACGAAAAAGUUUAGUGAAUGGCCAACCAUUGAAAUAAUUGAUCAUCAUCAGUUAGUUAAUACUGAAACCGUUGAAAAUUGUCCUUUUAAGCAAAUUGAUCUUGUCGGGUCCUGUGCCACUCUAAUCACAUUCGAAAUUUUGAAAGGAAUGGAUGGUAAUUAUUUACCAAGCAAUGUAUGGAAGUUGCUUUAUGGUGCCAUACUUAUUGAUACAAUCGGACUUUCUAAUGCUGGUCAAAUGGCUGGACGAUUAACAGAAUUAGAUCUUCGCAUGGCUAAUCGUAUCGAAGAUAUCAUUUACAAUCAAAUUUUCACUCCAAAUGUUUCAAAAAAUUCCUUAUUUACUCAACUGGAAACAGCAAAAUUUACUGUUGAUGGGCUAUCUACAUGGAAUUUAUUACGUCGUGAUAUGAAAAUUGUUUCUAGUCCAAAUAAAGAUGCGUUCCAAUUUGUGUGCUCUACUGUAUCUGGAGUUGAUUUUACGGUGUUAAUUAAUUCUCCUGACUUUACUGAAGCAGCCAAUCAGAUAUGUGCUAAAUACAAUGCCAAUUUACUUGUUUGUCUUACUGUUGGUUAUCCCUUAUCGGAAAGUUCAUCGAUACCUUCAUCGGAGUUGACAACUUUUCGAAGAAGAGCUCUGAUUUUGUAUAAUAUGAACUUUCCUGCUGGACGUUAUAGUGAUCUGAUUAAAUUUCUCCUGAAUCCGAAGCUUGAUCUAGAUUUACUUCCUCAGUCUGUCCCUGAUUUCAGUCAUUUUAUAGCAAUUGUGAAUAAUGUCAGAAUGACACGUAAAAUCCUACUACCUUUAUUGGUACAGUUUCUUCAGCAAUUGGGGUCUCCAAGUGAUACUGGAACUUCCGAUAACAAUUCCAAGAAUGAUAUCGACAAUAAUGAUGAUUGUAACAAUGUUGUUAUGGAAUCAGACACAAACAAUAAUAUCUCUUCAACAAAUACUAAGAGUUCACAUUCACUUGAUACAACUCCCAAGUGUUCAUCGGAUCUGAAAGAUAAGGUGAGGAAUGCUACUGAAUUUGCUCUAAAAGAUGUCAUUUCUUCUCUGAAGAAGUGGCUUUUACCUUUAAAUCCUCAUGAACGAUGUGAAUUUCUGAGAUCCUUUUGUCAAAGCUCUCUAAAAGCAAAUGAUAGUCCAUCACUGGACUUACUGAAUAGUUUAUGGACCAGUAUUUGGUAUGAAACUAGAAAAACUUCUAAAACUGUUAAAUCUGCCGUUGGUACACAAACACCUACACCGAAAUCAAUGUGGUUGAAGUCACACCAAACCAGACGUGUUGCGAGUAUGGUUCAAGGUAAUAGUUCAGCAAUAAAAGCAAUUUCAGGUAAAAUGGGAGGGUUCAAAUCUGCUCGACGUUUUACCUUAUCAGAUACCAACGAUCUUACAUUAUAUAAUGAAAAUAUAUCUAAAGCUCGGGUUGAUCUCUCAUCAUCACGUUUUGUUCAUCGUAUAUCUGAUGAACAUUUAUGUGUUUCCGAUUCUGAAAAUACUAAACCAAGUUGGUUAGAGACUGAAUAUUUGACUCGCAUUCCUGCCUGGUUACCGUCUACUUUAACAUCAACUUCUUUAGAUUCAGCCGAAGCAGUCAGUUAUAGACUUUAUCGUCGUUUGUCAGGAAUGCCGUUGUCCAAGGAUUCCGAAGAUGAAGUGUCUUAUGGUCACACAUCGUUUCAAAGAGAUAAUCAUGAUGUUCACAUCAUACAUGAUAAAGAUCAGGACAUUGAUUAUAAUAAACUUGAAGAUGAUGAAUUAGCUUUACUUCGAACAUCACUUACAGAUUGUCGACAAUUGUUCAUAGAUAAACAAACAUCAACGUCUAAUUUAUCCAAUUAUACUAGCUGGCUUUCUAGUCAUCCGGAUCAUAUUACCGAACAAGGUCUGAAAUUUCUUAAAUUAGGUUCCGAUCUUCAGCCUGCGAAAACUGAAGAUAUAGGUAUGACACUAAAAAUGACUAAAUCAAUACUUAAUAACGAACAACAAAGUCACCCGUCUUUUCAUGUUACAUUUGAUCUUGGCUGUACAGAAGAUUCCAAAAUAAUGAUAUCAGACGAAUUGUAUUUCCCACAUGAAAGGACCCUAAAUGUCAUUGGUUGGUUGCCUCUUUUAAUGUGCUGUUUCCGAAGAGCAUUUUUAUAUUGUAUAUAUACGCUUGAGUUGUGUGCUUGUUGUUCUUGUUUCUGGCUGCUUGUGGAAUAUACCUUUCCCUCAUCUCAACCAAGUCUUUUCCCUCUAGUUAGAGGAGCUGGGGCGCAUCGGAAAAGUUAACUUGUUUUGUCGCUAUGUCGCUGAUCUUUCAUUCCGUUCGCCGAUUUAGGUGAUCUCGUAAUCUCUUAAAACAUAGCAAUCGAUCAGGAGCACAUCAACCAAAUGUUCGUAACGUGAAGUUUGCGGUCGAAUAGCAUAGGUCAAGAACUGUUUAAGCCUAUACAAACCACGUAUGGACGUUGUUGGGAUCGUUUUAAGUAGUUAUAAUUUUCCAGUGGUGUCUAGUAAAGCAUGUGGUAUGUUUUUAUUUUAGGGAAUGUUUGAUGAUAGCGAUGGUAAUGUGGAUUUAUCAUGUCUCAUAGCGAAUCAGAAACAUUAUUACGUACAGGAUAUAUGACAACAAUAUCAUGUAUAUAAAAUGCAGCCGAAAAUAGAAAAAGUUUAGGUUACGAUCACAAACGUUACAAACCUGAAGUUUUCACAAAAGUUUCUGUAAAUCGAACGAAAUUGUAACAAUUAGUUUCAUUAAACACUUACAUGAUUUAUCUUAACCUUUUAAUCCUUCCAGUCAUUCUGUUAUUUAUGUGCAUAACCUUGAGGAUAUGCGUAUGAUAGAACUUGUAUCAGUAUACUUGCAUCUCUUUCAUGCUUGGUAAUACUCUUACUCAUCAUUUAUUGAGUAGGCACGUUUACUUUCUCCGUUUCUCAUCUUUCAUUGGUUGUCUACACUAAAAGAUGUAUAAAAUACAUGUAUUCGUAGGCACUCUCAUAUUUGACUUGCUUUAUUCCGCUGCAUGCAAUAACGUGAUUAAGUCAAUAAAAGUAAAGCAAGUUAGUUAAGGAACUAUAUUUCAUCAUUCCUCAUUGAUAUCAAACGCAGUUGGCCACAGACACACUUGAAUCAAAUGGAAAACGUAACAAAACAAAUAUUAUCAUAUAUGUAAAUAUGUUAAAAGUUAGUUUUAGAAUAAUCUUGAAAUAGUUACACUACUUCAUUAAAUGCUUGUUCAGAAUUUAAAUAAAGACAAUUCAACACAGAAAUGACAGUUUUCUCUAUCUUCUAAGUAGUUAUCAUUUGAAUUUGUAAAUGAUUAUUGAAUAUCACCAAAUGUAUUGUUUUUUCUUCGCAUUCCUUGUAAGCUCAAUAGAGAUAUUAGUGAAAAUUUAUAUUACAGGUAAAUAUUUAUUAUUUUUUAUUAAGUUGACUAAGAAUACGUAUUAUGUAUCAGUAAUGUUCCAUGUUUCAUUCAGUCUUUAAUUAUCACUUUAUUAUAUCAUUUCUUUAUUAAAUAAUUAAUUACUUAUGUACAUUUGUGUAUGUGUAUAUGUGAGUGUACUCUUUUACUCUCUCUCUCUCUCUUUCUUUCCCUCUCUAUAUUUUUCUACUUUAGGACAGUGGAUGAAUAAUUCCAUGAAACCAAAUAUAAUUCAAUUAUUGUUAAUUCAUCGAAAAUUGAAUAAUAAUUAUAACAUUAAUUGGUUCAAACAAUUUAUUCCCAAUUAUUCACAUGUUAUUCGUGUUAGUUUUAUAAAAUUUACAUUAAAUUUCUUCUCAAAAAUAUAAUCAUUUUCUCUGUUGUGUACAUCUUGUACUUUAGUCUGUUUGUUUAUUUUCCCUUUCUGUAUACGUUAAAUGUUUAGUUCAUUUAUAUUGAUACUCUUCUGAUUAUACAUUACAUAAUCAUUAUUAGUUAUUUUAUGCUUUUCUUGUUGUUUAUAAUUUCACUUAUUUCUUGAAUUUGUGGUUGUUGUUAUUCUCUUUCUUUUUUCUUCUUUUUUGUUUCAUUAUUUCACAAUUGUUUUUUUAAAAAUGAUUAUCAAUUAGUUCUAUGUUUGUUUUAACAAUUGUUGUUUACAUUUUCAAAUCAGUAAUUUCAGUUUCAUUCUGUUUACUUUGAUUGUUUAUAUUUUUUAUGUUUACAUCUAGAAUAUUUCUGUUUUAUAUUCAUAUUGUUAAUAAUGAUACUACUAAUAAAAAUUUCAUGUUCUG